AUGGAGGAGCAGCGCGAUGGUGAGUCCGGCGGCGAUGCGAUGCGAUGCGAUGCGAUGGCGAAAAGGCCACAUUGCGGCGACAGCGAGGUAAUGGAAGAAAAUAAUAUUGUUGAUGAUUGUGGUUGGAAGUCGAAAGUGGGAAUGCCAUUUGACUCUGAACAAGCUGCAUAUGACUUUUACAAUAUGUAUGGGGGAAAGGUGGGCUUUAGUAUUAGGAAGGCAUAUGCAAACAAGAACAGACAAACGAAGGAGAUAACAUCACGCACGUUUGUAUGUUACAAAGAGGGAAGUCGGGGUAUUGACAAACGAGAUCUACUUGUCAAAAAUCCAAGACAAGAGAUAAGAUGUGGUUGUGGUGCCAGAUUUAGUAUCAAGUUAGAUAGAAUAUCAGGAAAAUAUAUUGCUUGUGAUUUUGUUGAACAUCAUAAUCAUGAUCUUGUGCCUCAAGAUUGCAUUCAUAUCUUGCCAUCCCAAAGAAAAAUAUCUACCACCCAAGCAAUUGAAGUAGAAUUAGCUUCACAGUCUGGAAUUCCUCUUAGGUCUGCUUAUGAGCUAUUUAGUAGGGAAUCUGGUGGAAAAGCAUCACUUGAUUUCACGAAAUUGGACCAAAAAAAUUACUUAAGAUCGAAGAGACAAAAAGAUUUGGAAUAUGGAGAAGCGGUCCAAUUAGAUUGUGAAGAGCAGAUAAGUAAUAUAUUUUGGGCCGAUGCUCAAAUGAUCAUGGACUAUGCUCAGUUUGGUGAUGUAGUGACAUUUGACAUUACUUACAAAUUAAAUAAUGAGCAUAGACCUUUUGGAUCAUUUGUUGGAUUUAAUCAUCAUCGAGAAACAAUUAUAUUCGGUGCAACGUUGAUGUAUGAUGAGACUACUGAAUCUUUUACAUGGUUGUUUCAAAUUUUUCUAGAGGCAAUGUUAAACAAAGCUCCAAAAACUAUUUUCACAGAUCAAGAUGCUGCGAUGUCUAAGGCCAUUCUAAUUGUCAUGCCCGAUACAAACCACCGACUUUGUACGUGGCAUUUGAUGCAAAAUGUUGUCAAGCAUGUAAGUUUUGUUUUUGAUGAUGUAGGGGUCAAGGCUGUGUUUUCAAAAUUUAUGCAUGACAUUGAUGAUGAAGAAGAAUUCCGAAUACAGUGGGACCAAAUGCUUGAUAAGUAUGAUGCAUGUGACAAUCAUUGGUUGGAGCAGACUUUUCACGUGAAGAAGAAAUGGGGAUAG